CUCUUGAAACUCGUUUUCUGAUUGGUUGUUUGACUUCCGCUCCUAGGGUGGAGCCUCUAGUAAACAAACUUUAUCGCAGAAUAAAUCUGCUUCGUGUGAAAGAAGAUAUGUGAGAAACUUCUAUGUGGGACUCUGUAUGUGAAACAACCGUCCAGAAUUCCUCCAGUGGCGGUUCGGUUUUGUUCGGACGCGGUCCCGGAGCUGCCAUGAUCCGGCAGCCUGCGGUCUGAGUGACUGGAAUAUAAUGGCUGCAGAGCUGUUUCCCACCAAGAAGCUGGUGUCUUCGGCCUCAGCCAACAGCACCACCUCCAUCCAGCAGAUCCAGCAGCAGAACGUGACCAACAACAACACCGUCGCCGCCGCGCGGGGCUCCUGCAGCUGGCAGGGCCUGUUCCCCACCAUCCGGGAGAGGAAUUCAGUCAUGUUUAACAACGAGAUGAUGGCAGACGUUCACUUUGUGGUCGGACCACCAGGUGGGACACAGCGAGUCCCCGGACACAAGUACGUUUUGGCUGUCGGCAGUUCCGUGUUCCACGCCAUGUUCUACGGAGAGCUGGCCGAGGAUCAGGAGGAGAUCCGGAUCCCUGACGUGGAACCUCCGUCCUUCUUGGCCAUGUUGAAGUACAUCUACUGCGACGAGAUCGACCUGUGCGCCGACACGGUGCUCGCCACGCUCUACGCUGCCAAGAAGUACAUCGUGCCUCAUCUGGCCCGCGCCUGCGUCAACUUCCUGGAGACCAGCCUGAGCGCCAAGAACGCCUGCGUGCUGCUGUCCCAGAGCUGCCUGUUCGAGGAGCCCGACCUGACGCAGCGCUGCUGGGAGGUGAUCGACGCCCAGGCCGAGCUGGCGCUGCGCUCAGAGGGCUUCUGCGACAUCGACACCCAGACGCUGGAGAGCAUCCUGCGGCGGGAGACGCUCAACGCUAAAGAGAUGGUGGUGUUCGAUGCAGCCCUAAACUGGGCCGAGGCCGAGUGUCAGAGGCAGGACCUGCCGCCCACCAUCGAGAAUAAGCGGCUGGUGCUGGGAAAGGCCAUCUACCUGAUCCGCAUCCCCACCAUGGUGCUGGAGGACUUCGCCAAUGGAGCAGCGCAGUCGGGCGUGCUGACGCUCAACGAGACCAACGAUAUCUUCCUGUGGUACACCGCCUCCACAAAGCCGGCGCUCCUGUUCGGCACCAAACCUCGGAAAGGUCUGUCGCCGCAGCGCUGCCAUCGCUUCCAGUCCUGCGCCUACCGGAGCAACCAGUGGCGCUACCGCGGCCGCUGCGACAGCAUCCAGUUCGCCGUGGACAAGCGCAUCUUCAUCGCCGGCUUCGGCUUGUACGGCUCCAGCUGCGGUUCGGCCGAGUACAGCGCCAAGAUCGAGCUGAAGCGUCAGGGCGUGCCCAUGGCCCAGAGGAUGAUCAAGUACUUCUCGGACGGGUCCAGCAGCACUUUCUCGGUGUGGUUCGACUACCCGGUCCAGAUUGAGCCGGACACCUUCUACACUGCAAGCGUGGUGCUGGACGGCAACGAGCUCAGCUACUUCGGGCAGGAAGGCAUGACGGAGGUGCAGUGUGGGAAGGUGACCUUCCAGUUCCAGUGCUCCUCGGACAGCACCAACGGAACCGGAGUCCAAGGAGGCCAGAUCCCAGAGCUCAUCUUCUACGCCUGAGCCAGGUGAGCUGGAGACAAGGCGCGACGGACUCGUAGAUUCAUGGCUGAGCAUCAAAAACACAAAGAACCAGAAUCCUCACACUCCCAACAUGGCGGCUGGUUCUGAUGAAGAAGAAGAGUAAGCUCUACCUCUGCAGGUCGGUUCCGUCACAACGUUCCGGAAAAUUCUCGCGUCUCAACCAGCAGAAAGUUCAGAACAUGCUGGAAUUAUUUUCUGUGGCGGAUUAAUCCGCUGAUGGCACCCACCAGCUGAUGUUGUUAUGAACAUUCCUGUUUGUAUUUUAACCGAAGAACAUGAAGGAAAAACCACUCCGACAUCCCAUAAUUCCACAUCUGUGCUCAGAAACUCCGGCUGAUCCAGGAACAAUGUUUCCACCUGCAGAGCGUCUUUCUGGGUGGAAACGUGACGUCUUCGUCCUGGUCCUGAAUCAGGACAUGUUGCCAUGGUAACUUACCAGGUGCAGUUUGGCUGUGCUGCUGAUAUUUCCACCCGAGCUGCCGGAGGAACACGCCAUAUAUCUGUAAAACUGGACCUGAAGUCGGGUCCACCUGUGCCUUAGAUCCACCUGGAUCACGUCAUUAUAAUAGCUCCAUGUUUUUCAUUGGUCGCCAGGUCUUAGCCCCGCCUCCUUUUUAAUAAACCACUACCAUGACGCCUGCCUUAUUCCCACACGUUGAUCCAUAAAUAAAUUCUCCUCUGCAGGAAAAGCUAAGUCAGCAUUUUCUGCCCAGUUUUCUGGAGUUCAGGUCUCAGGUAGUCCACCGUCGGCCUCCCGGAUUCUCUCCACAUUCCUGGAUCUCCCAAAGCUGCUCUAAUUGAUUUUCAUCUCAAUUUUAUUUAAUAAACUUGAGAAAUUCAGUUUCUUAGGAUCAAAUUUACUUCCUGAACAUCCAGAUUGAUCGCGUAUUGAUGAGCUGAUUAAACUAUGAUGAAGAGGAGGACUAGGCCCCUUCAUCACCUGCAGACAUAUUCAAUAAGCCCGAUCCUGCACUUAGAAACCAAAUCCAACACCAGCACUCGUCUCUGGGUUUUAUAGCGACGUAAUCUUUAGCCCUGUUAUGUCCGAGAGGAAAACAGUCAGAUUCACACCUGUGUAACUCCCAUCUCCAUGGCAACACCAUGCACUUCCUGUUGACCUUAGAUUAUCAGAGAAGUUCCAUCAGUAGAACAAAACCGUCAGUCAGAUAAACGUCAUGUGACCAGACUCGUUACUGGACAACUCCGUAAUCUCGGGACAACCUCCAAGGCUGUGAAGUGUUCCCAUAGCAACCACGAUGGUGCUUACAGCGUUCCUGCCUCCACUGAAGGACUUCAAAACCAGAAAUGAAGUUUUUUAUUUUUCAGUUAAAAAGAGACUUCCCGCGGCGAUGGGGUCCGUCAAAGGGGCGUCCCGCACCACGGCAAUGUUAAAGGAGCGUCCCGCGGCAACGUUAAAGGGGCGUCCCGCACCGCAGCAACGUUAAAGGGGCGUCCCACACCACGGCAAUGUUAAAGGAGUGUCCCGCGGCAACGUUAAAGGGGCGUCCCGCACCGCAGCAACGUUAAAGGGGCGUCCCACACCACGACAAUGUUAAAGGAGCGUCCCGCGGCAAUGUUAAAGGGGCGUCCCGCACCGCAGCAACAUUAAAGGGGCGUCCCACACCACGACAAUGUUAAAGGGGCAUCCCGCGGCAACGUUAAAGGGGCGUCCCACACCGCAGCAACGUUAAAGGGGCGUCCCACACCACAACAAUGUUAAAGGGGCAUCCCGCACCGCAGCAACGUUAAAGGGGCGUCCCACACCGCAGCAACGUUAAAGGGGCGUCCCGCACCACAACAAUGUUAAAGGGGCAUCCCGCACCGCAGCAACGUUAAAGGGGCGUCCCACACCGCAGCAACGUUAAAGGGGCGUCCCACACCACAACAAUGUUAAAGGAGCGUCCCGCGGCAAUGUUAAAGGGGCGUCCCGCACCGCAGCAACGUUAAAGGGGCGUCCCACACCACGACAAUGUUAAAGGGGCGUCCCGCGGCAACGUUAAAGGGGCGUCCCACACCGCAGCAACGUUAAAGGGGCGUCCCACACCACGGCAAUGUUAAAGGGGCAUCCCGCACCGCAGCAACGUUAAAGGGGCGUCCCACACCGCAGCAACGUUAAAGGGGCGUCCCACACCGCAGCAAUGUUAAAGGGGCGUCCCACACCACGGCAAUGUUAAAGGGGCAUCCCGCACCGCAGCAACGUUAAAGGGGCGUCCCACACCACGACAAUGUUAAAGGGGCGUCCCACACCACAACAAUGUUAAAGGGGCAUCCCGCACCGCAGCAACGUUAAAGGGGCGUCCCACACCACGACAAUGUUAAAGGGGCGUCCCGCGGCAACGUUAAAGGGGCGUCCCACACCGCAGCAACGUUAAAGGGGCGUCCCACACCACAACAAUGUUAAAGGGGCAUCCCGCACCACAACAAUGUUAAAGGGGCAUCCCGCACCGCAGCAACGUUAAAGGGGCGUCCCACACCACGACAAUGUUAAAGGGGCGUCCCGCGGCAACGUUAAAGGGGCGUCCCACACCGCAGCAACGUUAAAGGGGCGUCCCACACCACAACAAUGUUAAAGGGGCAUCCCGCACCGCAGCAACGUUAAAGGGGCGUCCCACACCGCAGCAACGUUAAAGGGGCGUCCCGCACCACAACAAUGUUAAAGGGGCGUCCCGCACCGCAACAACGUCAAAGGGGCGUCAUGCACCACGGCAACAUUACAGGGGCGUCCCACACCGCGGGAAACGUUAAAGGGGCGUCCCACACCAUGACAACGUUAAAGUGGCCUUCUUCAGGUUGUUGUUGUGACAAGUUUGGAAAUAAAAAGUUUAAACAAG